AUGCUUCCGUGGGCGCUCGCUAUCGACAUCGUCUAUGUGACGCGACCAGUGGCAUCAAAUUCGCCCACAGAGAGCCAGUCGCCCUCCCAAGUACCUAAUGUCAUCCUGUACCUCCCGCCAGGUCCCUUGUUCCACGGACACGCGACUCCCGUCAGCGAAGACGUCAAUUAUGAUGAACAUUCACAACAUCAACAACGGGCCAUUGAUAAGGCAGCUCCAAGUGGGAUAUCACCCCAGCAGGCCCUAGCCUCUAUGACAUACGCCACAGUCGUAACAGUCAACUACCGACUCGGCGCGGUAUUGCCCACGACAUCAAACGAAGAAACCACCCAAACACACCCCAUCUCCCCUCCACCAUCCCAAUCCCUCUCAAACCCCCCAUUCUAUCAAUACCCAACCCCAAUCCACGACACCCUCGCCGCAUUCGACUGGAUCCAAACAAACCUCCACCCCACAAACCUCGGCAUCAUCGGCUCCCACAUCGGCGGCUCCCUAGCCCUCAUGCUAGCCCUAACAGAAGCCCAGUCCGUAAAAGCCGUCGCCUCAAUAAUGCCCAUCUGCGACUGGCCCGGUCUGGACGAGUACUGCACGACCGCGCAGCCCAGCCGAAUCGCCAGCGAAACGCUAGGAAAAACGACUAAACGGGCGUCUAAGAAGAAGACGCUUCGCGCCAACGCGCCGUCGGAUUUGGUUCCGCUUCUUGCUGCGCGCGAGGCUCUCUUCGCUUCGCCGGAGCGCUGCUUUGAUGCGUUUGCUUCGCCGGUGUUGCUUCUUCGUUCGGCGGGGCGGGAUGUUCCCCCUGCGUUUCCGAAAUACACCACUGGACCGGGGUAUCCGGUGCCGGUGCUGAAGGAUUCACGGCAUGCGGGAGAUGGAUCGCUUUUGGAUCCGGAGUUUGAUCCCCUCGAUGCAGAGGGAGAUGGAUUCGGGGAAGAGGGUGGCCACCAGACUAUUCGGCGCCGAAAGGCGCUUUCGCGAUGGCCGCCCUAUGGACUGGAUUAUGGUGUAGCUGGUCGUGGAUGGGGCGGGAAUGGGGUAAAGAGGUUAGAGGUUACUCUGCCUUGGGUGAGGGUUUAUAUUGAUGGUGCGGAGGGAAAGGAGAAUGGGACUGUUCUUGCGGAUCAGGGGGAGGAGAUGGUUUCUGUUAUGCGGCGGGCUUGUUUUUUUGGGAGGGAGAAAGGAUUUGGGGAGAGGAGGGUUGGUCUUGUUAGGAAUUUGGGGGUUAUGGGGUCUGGGUUGGAGUUGGGUGAGGAUGUGGGUGGUUGGUUUGGGGGGAUUUUUGAUGGGAGGAUACGUGAUGAGUGA